AGAAAAUGAACGUCCAGAACCACAGGCAACAGGUCCAGCUACUCCCUACACCCCUGUCGGAGAUGGGAUGGUGCGAGCAGCUCUCAACGGGACUCACACUCACCGCCUGCGGGACAAACCGCGAGGAGGACACCGCGACCAGUCUCACAGAGCCAGUCACUGUCAUCUAAACCGGCCUGACCGACCCACAUCCAUUGAGCGAUGGCAGAUGAGGAACUGGUGAAGAAGAUGGUACGGGCGGUGCUCCAGUCCGCUAAGAGUGGCGUGUCACUGUCUAACCUGCAGGUAGAGUAUAAAGACCUGACGGGUGAGCUCAUACCUUAUAAACAGUUGGGGUAUGCCACGCUGGAUGCCCUCCUGCACAGCAUGCCUUCGGUUGUGAAACUGGAUAAAGGGCAGUCUGGGGAGGUGGUAUGCCAUGCUACCACAGGAAACGAGAUGACCCACGUUACUAAGCUUGCGGCCCGUCAGCGCACAGCUAAGAGGACCGGCCGACCUCAAGUUGUGAACUGUCAAAUGAGAGUCAAACCAGCAGCUCCUCUUGCACUGAAUGCAAGGCCAAGGACAUCUUUGAGACAGCCCGACCAUCGUGGACAUCUGGGGCGAGGUGGAGGUCGUGGAGGGGGACAUGAAGACCCCCUUCCUCGCACAGGAAGCUUGAGGGACUCCCAGCCUGAUGGGAAAGGAGGCAGACCCCACAACACACCCACAAGAAGACCCUCCCUUCCCUCAGAAAGGAAUAAAAAUGCUGUCUUGUUGUUCGGUUUGCAGGUUGAAAAACCAUGCAGUACCAAACCUCAAGAGUUGCUGCUGUACCCUGCUAAAGAAACUAGCCAGAUUGACGUCAAGCAGAAGCUUGGAGAUCUGCUCUUGAAAUACAGCAGUGGCCUGUGGGCCCACGCGCUGCCUAAACUGUAUCAGGACACAUAUAAAUGUAAACUACCGGAGUUUGUGCUGGACCACCUCACCCUGCUUUCAGAUAUAUGCACGAUUGACUACCCCAUGCCGGACAAUCCCAAAAGAGCAAUUCUGUAUGCAAAAGUAGUAGAAGACGAGAACCGUAACCAGUCGGGAUUGGCUGGCUCAGAGACGAAAGAAGCAGUAGAGCGCAGUUUGAGCAGCCAGACUGUUCCUCCUCUUGUCAUCCCUAGAGAGGAAUACCCUUCUGUCCUGGUGGUGGAAGCAGGUGACACAAACAGCGUCAUUCUGAGGUACAUAGGUGAAGGUUACUCUAAGGCACAGGAGAAGUUAGAAGAUGAAAUGAGAGAGUUCUAUGGGCAAGACAGCAACAAGGUGGCUCUGACUUCACCAUUAACAGGUCAGCUGACUGCUGUAUGUGCUGAGGAAGAGGAGGAGAUCCUCCGAGCACAAGUCUGUGAGGUCAUGGCCAACAAGGUCAAGGUGUACUACGUGGAUCAUGGCUUUUCUGAAGUCAUCAGCAAGAGCAAACUAUUUGAGUUACAUGAGAAGUUUUAUAGAUUGCCUUUCCAAGCCACCAAAUGUAAACUAGCAGGCCUGGAGUCAUUCAGUCAGGAGCAGGCAGUACUGAAGAGGUUUGAGUCAAUGGCCACUAGCAAGAUCCUAUUGGCUGAGAUUUUAGUGCGUCAGGAAGCGCCUCUGGUGGUCCUGUAUGACACAUCACAAGAUGAUGAUAUCAACAUCAAUGCUGCCUGUAUGAAAGCUCUACAAGACAAAUCCUUAGAGAGUCCCUUAAAGGUGAACAGUGCCUACAUGAAUGUGAAUGUGAGCAGCGUUUGCUCAGAUGGGACGAUCUACUGUCAGGUGCCCUCCAGAGGCCUGACUAAACUCAACGAAAUUCUGGAGAGGACCGAAAACUGUUUACAUUCCCAGGUCACAUCAGAGUUGCUGGUUUCACGGCCUUUCUGUGGCAAAAUCUGUUUGGCUCGAUAUAAAGGCAAAUGGUCCCGGGUGGAGAUAACAAACCUGCACGGCAGCCGGGUGCUGGACAUCUUGUUUGUGGAUGUAGGCGUUCAGGCGUCAAUCGAGGUCACUGAGUUGAGAGAGAUCCCACCUCCUACGCUGCGUGACCUCAUUUCCACCCCGGCCCAGGCGCUGAAGUGUUGUCUGGCAGAUCUGCCUGUGAGCGUAGGCUCAUGGACUCCAGAUGCUGUCCAGUGGCUGAGAGACACGGCUCUCCACUGCAGUGACUGCAGCUUGAAGAUAGCUAAAGUGGAUGAGCCCAAACGCCUCGCUCAUGUUUAUCUCUUCACCAGCAAGAACUUCCACGACACAAGCUGCAGUUUAAACCAACAGCUGGCCGACUCUAAUCUGUGGAACCACCAGAAGGAUGUUUUCUUAAGCAGCCGGGGGCCCUCAAAAUCCCUCAACGCCCCGACAAACCCUGCCACCAUCCAGACCUCCAGCCUCAGCACUGAUGGACAGGAUAAAGCCCCACACACACCCAAGAGGAUGUCAUCCCCGCUGGGGAGCCAGAGUGCACCUCCCGGCUCUCCGCCUGAAAAGCUGGCUCUUCCGCCACUGCUGGAGCUGCCCAAGAUUGGGCAGAAUUUGGACGUGUUUGUUUCAGUGGCAUGCCAUCCUGGGCACUUUGUGCUACAGCCAUGGCAUGAUAUGUACAAACUGGUGGAUUUGAUGGGGGAGAUGAUUCUGCAUUAUAAUAAGAUGGAGGAGAAACCACUUAAAGUGGAGAAGAACCAGGUCUGUGCUGCCAAGGUGGAAAACAACUGGUACCGUGUACUGGUGAAAGGAGUCCUGACCAAUGGUCUGGUGUCAGUGUUUCAGCUGGACUAUGGCAAACAUGAGCUGGUGAGCUGCACCCAGCUCCGGCCCCUCACCCAGGAGUUCUGCCAGCUCCCCUUCCAGGCCAUCACUGCUCAGCUGGCUGGCGUGAAACCCAGGCAGUGGUCUGAGGAGGCCUCCAUUGUGUUCAGGAACCACGUCGAGAAGAAGCCCCUGGUAGCCCAGCUGGAAUCGGUGCAGGAGGCGUCACAGCCCUGGGACUGUAAGGUGGUUAUCUUCUUGGUGGACACUUCACAAGAGGAACGGGACAUUUGGCUUCAUGACAUUAUGGCUGAAUUCACUGAUGAGAUGUCUAACGCAGCAUAGACAUUUUUGAAAGGUUCUCUUAAGGUUGUUCAUUAGUAUGCUGUAGAUUAAAGGGGUCCUAUUAUGCGCUUUUACA